CAAACACCACCAAGAAAAGACAAACAUGGGAUUCUCCGCAAAGCUCUGUUGUCUUGUGAUUGUUGUAGCUGCCGUUGUUGCUGCCGCUGAUGCGUUUUCCGUCAGACAAGAGGACUUGGAUGCCGCGGUGAAGCUUGUUGAAGAGUUGAGGACUUUGGAACAGGGAGAUGACGUAGUGGCUGAUGAUGUAUCCGCCGGGACGUCGGCAGAGGUCGCCGACGCCAAUUCUCAAGUUGACGACGUGGCCGCCGUGGUGGACGAAGAACUUGGUGUUGAUGGUGGCAACACUGGUGAUGACGGAGUACAGAAAGAUUUACCUGGAGAUCGUGGUAAGCAUUUGGGGGCUCACCUAAAAGCCGCACGCGAUGAGAUAAAACAACUGAUGACCGACCUGAAAGACGGAAGCGAAGAUCUGAUUGAAAAGAUACAGGAUGCUCUAAAUGAAAUGGACGUCAUCUUUAACAAAAUAAUUAAAGACGACGUCCUGCCAGCCGAGAAUCCUGCAGGGGGACGACCCGAUGGAGGAAAUGGCGUCGAUAAUGGCGGACUGGCCAGACGAGGUUUCUUCAGUAAUAUUGCCAAGAAGUUGAAGAAUGUACAGACGUACAUGAAAAAGGCGGCAAGCAAAGUCGCCGAUAAGGCUAAAGCAAUUAGCGAGAAGAUUUCUGAUGUGGCAAGCAAGGCGGCGGGAAAAGUGAAAAAAGCUGGCAAGAAAGUGAAGUCUUGGUCCGAACGACAAAGGGAAGCUUUCAUCGAUCGUCUGAGAAAACUGUUGUCCGGAAAAUAAAUCAGAUUAAUAAAGAAACCAUAAAUAUGCGUGUGUCCGGAGAAGAGGAGGGUCAUUGACAGUCAUUACAAUAGCUGUAUCACCCAGACUGAACUCUUUUUGCCAUACCUUCCCACCGUCUCUGGUUAAGAUGUUGAAAGUCAAGUAAAAAUUAAUUUGUUUUUCUUUUUGCUUCUUUUUUUAAAAUUGAUUUUGUAGUAAUUUGCUUGCUUUCAUAUUGAAUUUGUCCCACGUAUCAAAGCGUAUGUUUAAAAGUGAUUUUUUUUUUAUG